AUGUCGUCCAAAGACGAGCCCCUGGCUAACGAAAAGGGCAAUGAAAGCACCAUCGCCGGCACCAGCCAAGUCCUUCCCAGUAGUCAAGUCCAGGAACCCCACGCCGAUUGGGCGACCCGAAAUGGCCUGAACCUCGAGUCCUUCAAGCCGAUGCACUAUGGCCGCGGCUUCGUCGAGCUGGAGCGCCCCAUGAAGGCUCGUCAUCUCCAGAUGAUCGCCAUCGGUGGCUCCAUCGGUGCUGGUUUCUUCGUCGGCUCCGGCUCUGCUCUGCGCAAGGGGGGACCCGGCUUUCUAUUCAUCGAUUUUCUCAUCAUCGGCAUCAUGAUGUUCAACGUCGUAUACGCCUUGGGCGAGCUCGCCAUUCUCUAUCCCGUCUCCGGUGGCUUCUACACCUAUUCAACUCGCUUUAUUGAUCCAUCCUGGGGUUUCGCCAUGGGAUGGAACUACGUCUUCCAGUGGGCCAUCGUCCUCCCUCUCGAACUAACGGUCUGCGGCAUAACGAUCCAAUACUGGAACUCGGAAAUAUCCGUCGGCGUAUGGGUAGCUGUCUUCCUUGCCCUCAUCAUCAUCAUCAACGUCUUCGGUGCUCUUGGCUAUGCAGAAGAGGAAUUCUGGGCGUCGACGUUCAAACUAAUUGCCACUGUCGUCUUCAUGAUCAUCUGCCUAGUCCUCGUCUGUGGCGGAGGGCCCUCGAGCGGUCAGUAUAACGAGUAUUGGGGUGCCCGCUACUGGUACGACCCGGGCGCCUUUCAGAAUGGCUUCAAGGGCUUCUGUUCCGUCUUCGUCACCGCCGCUUUCUCCUUCUCCGGAACCGAGCUGGUUGGUCUUGCCGCUGCCGAGUCCAGCAAUCCCGUCAGGGCACUCCCCGGCGCCAUCAAGCAGGUCUUUUGGCGUAUUACAGUCUUCUACAUCCUCGGCCUCUUCUUCGUCGGCCUUCUCAUCCGCAGCGACGAUCCCGCCCUUCUUUCCGAUAACGCGUAUGCUGAUGUCAAGGCGUCGCCCUUUGUCCUGGUUGGCAAGUACGCUGGCCUCAAGGGAUUCGACCACUUCAUGAAUCUCGUCAUCCUCGUUUCCGUUCUGUCCAUUGGCGUUUCCGGCGUCUACGGCGGCUCGCGAACCCUGACGGCCCUUGCUCAGCAAGGCUAUGCGCCCAAGAUUUUUACCUACAUUGACAAGUCGGGCCGCCCUCUUCCCUCUGUCCUGAUCAUCAUCAUCUUCGGUCUCCUGGGCUUUGUCAAUCUCAAUACGUCGGGCCCUGUUGUGUUUGACUGGCUGCUGGCCUUGUCCGGUCUUGCCGCCCUGUUCACAUGGGGCUCCAUCUGCCUUGCCCACAUUCGCUUCCGCAAGGCUUGGAAGUACCACGGCCACACUCUCGACGAGAUCCCCUUCAAGGCCAUCGGCGGUGUCUACGGUUCCUGGCUUGGCCUGGCUCUUUGCGUUCUCGUCUUGAUUGCACAGUUUUACACUGCCAUUGCAGCUCCUAUUGGCAAGGAAGGCUUGGGUACCGUCGAGUCUUUCUUCAAGUCGUACCUCGCAUUCCCGGUCGUUAUUUUGUUCUGGAUCAUCGGUUAUGCCUGGAAGCGUACGGGCUGGCUCCGAACUGCCCAGAUGGACGUGGACACGGGUCGCCGUGAGCUCGACUGGGAUGAGAUUCGGGCGUACCGAGAGACAGUUGCUUCGUGGCCGGCGUGGCGACGUAUCUUGCAUCACACCAUGUAA